CCAAGAGCCAGUUCGAGUCGACAGCUGUGAGUCAAGUAUCCGUUGCUGCUCUGUCGGUCACCAUUACCGGAGGAGAGGAACAGAUCGGUUUUAGCAGGUGCGAAAACGUAACGGUGCCUUCCUGCUACGAUACACCUGCUGUCAAGGUGAUUGCUCAAAAAGGAACAUUACUGUUAAUGCCAUGGCAUCCAUGGGCGGUCUGUACCCGGGACGCUUCGCCCCACACUCUCAGGGACAUUUGAGCUACCUCACCCAUCACCACACCGGUUGCUAUUUCACGCAUAGAGACAGCACGUACAGUCCUCUUGCGCUAAAUGUCCUGGAGCGCCGAGAGCAGCCACAGAAACCACCGUACUCUUACAUCGCGCUGAUCGCCAUGGCUAUUCGCAGCGCUCCGGAUCAGAAGACAACUUUGAACGGAAUAUAUCAGUUUAUUAUGGAACGUUUCCCGUACUACCAUGAUAAUAAGCAAGGGUGGCAGAACUCGAUACGUCACAACCUCAGCCUCAAUGACUGUUUCGUCAAGGUUCCCAGAGAGAAAGGGAAGCCGGGAAAAGGAAAUUACUGGUCACUGGCGCCCGACUGUGAAGAGAUGUUCGAAAACGGGAACUUUCGUCGUCGUAAGCGGCGACCAAAAUCUUUUCUGAAAAGUGUUGAACGGGGGACUGAGAAAAGCACGAAAUGCGUAGAUCAGCGGGCUGAACGCAUCGCAAGUUGCGAAGCUAGCUCCGUGAAAGAAGAUGCAGAAUCCCCAACAACCAUGCCAGGUGAGGAGAACAUGAGCUUUUUAACACCUGGUACGAUUACCGGUAACACUGACAAGAAGUCUUCCGAAAUUGAGCACGAUAUUCUUGACGGUGAUCGAGUGAUUACCGAUACGGAGUUAAACGAUUGCAGUGGAGAUGGUUCGUCUUCUGAUUCCGAGGAUGUAUCCGACACUGAGAGCCACAAGGACGGAUAUCGCAACAAGACUGGGGAAGCCAAACACGGGCAGUACGUAACAGGACACGGACAUUCGUUAUCAUCGACCCGCAACCAACAUGUAUGCCAGAGUAGUAGUAUUUCCUUCACUAUUGAAAAUAUCAUGAAACCGGAAAGAAGGGGUUACAAUGACUACGAUACGAAGGAAUCUGAGAGGGGAAAUUUUAUUUCGGACAAUAACCCUCACUUACUCAACCGGACAAUCAAAGUUGAGCCAGUUGAUGAAGCCGGUACGAUGUUUACCAGCAGGCAGGGGAUUAUCAACGGACAAACCAGCAACUGCGAAAAACUGAUAAAAUUAGCCAGCAUAGCCGAUAGAAUUAACGCACCUGAUAACUUGGACAUUGGUAGAGUGUACCCUAGAUUUGACGUGUCGAACGUUUCACGCCGAGAAUGUUCGUACCCAAUCUCAUCGAGGCCGCAUUCACACCCCUCAUCGUCCGCCCUACCCGCUCCAAUGUCGCAUACGGCGUAUUCGAAUUUGAUGACGAGCACAGCGUACCAACAUCUGAUCCCAAUUAGGUAUUCGCCGUACUCCCUACCAUACUACUUCACCCAAUAUCCAACGCCAUUAGAUGUAGCGUCAUUGCCUCAUCCGAGUCCUACGGCACACAUGGUUUCCCUCCCUUACGGGGUUAAGCCCUGGGCACUGAACGAAAGGUCGGCCAAUGAAGGACGAUUGCCUUGUUUAUUAUAGUCCUCUAGUAAAACUUAACGGUGUUUAUGACGGAACUGUGAGGACAAACACUGUGUUUGUAAUAUAUUUCUAAAUAAUGUCAAUUUCUGUUAUUUCAAGAUUUAUUGUAAAAUACCACCACGGGUGGAAAGUGUCUGUGUAUACUUGUAGACUACGUGUAUACACAUUUUUUUUAGUUUUAGAUAUUCAAUAUUACUGGGUUUUCUUGGCGGUAAUUGCUGUUCUGAAUGAAUGGGUGGGGGGGGGGUAGGAAGUAGGGAACUUGAAGAAGAAAUGGAUGAGUGAACAAACGAACGAACGAACCAUCGAAUGAACUUGAUGAAUGGGUUUAACUUGCGUUAACUAACCAAAAUAAUCACUUUUGAUUGCCUUUUUGAAUUUGGAAUAUAAUUUUAGGCUGAACUAUUUCACAACUGUACACAUAUGAAGCUAACAUGUACUUAGUUUUUAUUAUCAAAAUGGUGAAUACUGUACCUUGGAUGUGAAAAUUAUGUUAUGAAUAGUAUUAUCAUUGCGAUAUCUACCUUUUUCAGAACAUGCUUUUAUAAUAUUUAAGUUGACGUCAUGUCAGGCACGGAAUUGGAAAUAUUGUUAUAAUUCUGAUUAUGUUACAGGAACUCGGUCACGUGAUACAAGUGAAACUUUCUGUAAGACAUUGUCACCGAAUUUGUUUUUCUCUUCAGUGAGGUCUGUACUUUUAAGUGAAACAAGAGAAAUAUAUCAUUGUCAAAGUUGGACUUGAACAAAAUAAAUAAUUUGCAAAGUUUUUGUUAAAGUAA